AUGGAUUUCGAUUUAGCUCUAAGAGAGAAUGAACCCACCAAGCCUACUGAAGGUACAACUGCAGAAAAGAAGAAUGAAUGUGAAAAAUGGGUUAAGGCUAACAAGAUGGCAUUGCUAGUAAUCAAAAGAUCAAUGUCUGAUCUGGUUCAAGAGGCUAUCACUGAAUCAGACAAUGCUAAGGCAUACCUUGAUUCCAUAGAAGCAAAGUUCAAAGAGUCUAAGAAGGCAGAAACUAGAACUCUCAUGAACACUCUUAUAGCCACUAAAUACCUUGGUGGUGAUGUGAGAGAACACAUUCUCUCGAUGGUUGAUGCAGCUGCAAAGCUCGAUGCACUUAACAUCAAAAUAGAUGACCCUUUUCUAGUUCAUCUCGCCCUCAAUUCCUUACCUCCUGAUUACUCUCAGUUGAAGAGUACUUAA